AUGGAUUUUUCCAAGCAUGAUGGUAAGCCUCAUCCCGUUGGAUGGGAUCAUAUGACGGAUCAUUGGUGGCAGUUUGUCCUCGUCGGCUUGCUACUUGGUAGCGUAGUAAUUGGGUGUUCGUACCUCUUCUUCGCAGGCCUCACUAGAGCCCUCAAAUGGUACAAGUCGCGAGCUCAAUCAGAAGUUGUGCCCAAAGAUGUCUCUGAUAGGCUGGACAGACUAUCAAGGCAGCAACUGACCUUGCCCAACGUCCAGUUGGCGAAGAAGCCCUUGUCGUUUGGCGUCUACUUGGGCUCUUUCGAUUCCCCGCCAACCAAGGACCAGUGUCGGCUGUUGAGUCAGUGGGAUCUGUUGAUCGUUGAUCCCUCGCAGUCUGGUGUUGUCGAGGCCAUCUCGUUGGUCGAGAAGAAGCAGUUUUUGGGCAGAGUAGACCUAGGUUCCGGAUCAGUCUCGACCUUGGCGGCCAUCGACAAGAUCGAGAGCGCAUUGACUAGCAGAUUCAAUGGCGCCGCUUUUAGCGGCAUUUUACUCGCCAACUGGGAAAGCAGCUUCAACUCAUCCGCCAUCAGGAGACUGGUGGAGACUAUCCAUGCCGUUGGCCUGCCCGUCUAUCUGGAGACCGCCCCUCCAGACUUCCUCGCAGAUCACAAGACUCUGCAAACCGACGCAAUUUCCGGUCUGGUCAUCCGCAAUGCCUCCGUCAUGCCCGCAGGCGACAAACGCGACUACUUCCAAAUGAUCAAGAUGCAGCCGACCAUCAAAGCGUUUGUUUCGGAAGCCUGCAUGCGCGAUUUCGUGGUCAUGGCCUGGGAAACUGUCGACGAUAACGCUCACUUGUCCAAUGCGGUCAUCCAGCGGUCUCUGCAGUGGUGCAACUUCUACAGCGCCAUCACUUGGAUCGGCCGACAAGCUGCCUUGCAGGAUGCCUCUCUCAACGUCAAGAUUCCCGAACCCUUGUCUGCCUUCAGUUGGUUGAAGGAAGCCGAGAUCAUGAAAGCUCACGACAUCUGGCGCGCGAAUCUGACCAUCGAACAGGAUGCCGUGGACAGAGACGCAUGGAACACCCUGCUGUCCUACUUCCCCGCUCUGGAGGACGUACUCACAUCGUCCGAAAGCAAGCCACAGCUCAUGGACCACUCAACGAUCUCGGUUCGUGAUCCACCAGAAUGGGUGGCGCAAGUCAAGUCGCAGGGCAGCCCGCUGUCGAUCUCAAUGGCAGGCGUGGAAUACAAAGAGUUUGGCUGCUUCCCCUUGGGAUCUGAAGCCACCACCAUCGCUUUCGCCGAGGUCCUCAAGUCCCAACAGCGGCUCAAGUCUCUUGGAUUGCUUCACCCGGUUCCGUCUGAAAAAAUUCAGAAACUUGGCGCCCUCCUGCGGAAAUUCCACGAUAAAUUCGCCGUGUCCCAUUGGUCCGACUCGCCCAGUCUAGCCGCUACGAUCAAAGAACUCGCCAAUCUUGCAUCCCAUGACUCCUUGCGAAUCCAUCUGGGCCUCGAUUCAGGACUGCGCAAGAGCGCUGAUGUCCGCUUCUGGGCUGUCUACCAGACAGACUCGGACGGAUUUGAAGUGUUUGCCUCGAAAAACGCUCAAGGGCUAGCAGGAACCGUGCUUCACACAUUCUUGUCCGCGAGGGGAUUCCCCCGUCAUGUUUGCUUCGAAGCGGAAGCCGCUCUGGCAGAGUGGUCCAAGGACAUGAACGAAGACACCGGACUGCCCCGCCGUCUCAUCCAAGAUGUUGAUGCCUUGAGUCCCGAGGAGCGCUUGCUCUUGCUGCAACACCUUUCGCUGACCGAUGCAAAGAGUGAACUUUCGGAAACCAUCUGUAGGUACAUCCGCAGGCAACUCAUCGAUGCACCGUCCCUUGCGCAGCUCAAGGAGCUCAACACCGUCUCGUAUCUCGAGGGAUCCCUUCCCUCAGAGGCCUUGGUCAAAACCCGCGUGGACUGGUACCGCGAUCAGGGCUGCCGUUAUCCUUCAACCUCGGCAUGCCUUGCCUUGUUUCUGGAGACGGAUGCUGUUUUCACUCGCAUCCUCCGAGAACGCCGCGAGAGUGAUCUGGCUCAAAUCACGAACGCCCUGUGUCAGCUUGUCCAAAAAGACCAGAUCGACGCCUAUGCUGAUAUCAUGACACUCUCCCUCUUCUGCGCAGCCAGGAGAGGUGCAUUCGACGAGAUCUACAUGGAGGUCACCGAUCGCAACCCCCUGUUCAACGACCAGUCCGAUCAAGCUGCCGCGUUCGCCGAGUCAUUUGCUCUCGGAUCGCGCUGCGAAGCAUACUUUGACAUCUCACCCAGCGCGUUCGGCAGGUUGCUCUCCGAUCGAUUCAGAAGAUACUACAAGGACCGAGAACUGCCGGACUGGAUCAAUGGCGCUCCGCAGAUGGCUACGUCUUAUGCUGGUGCGCAGAUCGAUGUCAACCCGGACGACAAGGUCAAACCGAUGCGUGGGUACCAGCGCUUCACGUUCCUCAGUGUCUUCGCUGUUCCGGCCCUGAUCGACAUUCUCCUGCUCACCCUCUACGGCCGCGGCUUGUACCUCUCCACCGACAUGGGAGAUGACAACAUGCAGAGUGCCUCCAUCGCUCUGAUGAUCUCUCUGCUACUGUCAGGUGCGGUUGGCACCUGGAUCGCAUGCGGUGGAUCCUACUACCUUAUUUCAAUGGCUUUUGCGGCGACCAACAUGUUUGUCUUUAUCAGACUCAUCGCCGGAUUCGCCUUCACGGUCGCGGUUGGACUGAUUGGAUUCAUCGUCAUUUCUGCCGUCAAAGGCCCAGGUCCCGGAAUCGUCUUCUACCUCUACCUCGUCGCCUUGACUCUCUACUUUACUAUAUUUGCCUGCCUCGCCUGUUUCAGCUACCCAGGAUCCAAGUUCCUCUCUGGACGCAAGGCAAUCUUCGCGUGCAUCCCAAUCCUUUUCAUCUCCCCAAUCGUGACGAGGUGGAGUCAUCACGAUGUUGUCAUCUACCUGAUCGUGCUCUACAUCUUCAUCGGACUGCUGCUGCUCAGUUUGCGGUCUGUUGCCUCCAAAUGGGUCACCUGGUACCAGAACAUCCGAAGGACAGAUGACACCGAGAUCCGCAAAUGGUAUGUUUCUACCUAUGGCAACAACGACGAAAAGUGCUUCGGCAGCCUGAGCGAUCCGGCUGUGCUGAAACUUUCGAGGGAAGCUCUGUUUCGCGACGUGAUGGCUGAAGUGUCCCGCGGAAUCUUCUCCAAGCCGAAAAAGGAUCAGCUGGUCCUGGAACUUGCCAGAGACUGGGAAGCGACUAACUUCCUCCUGAACUGGUACUGCCGGUAUGCCGACGUGCCCAGGCCCAUCCCUUUCAGCUCUGGCUGGAAUAUCCAGACCAAGGUCGGUCUCGAUGUGCUCCGCAAUUCGCAAAAGGGCCAGCGCUUGCACAACUCGUUUAUGCAUUGGCGCCAGUCAAGCCGCGAGAUCGGCUGUGGUGUUCUCUACUUUGUCUUGGCUCUUCUCGACAAGUGGAUCGAGCACCUUACCGGUGGCUCUACCGCUGGUUUUCUGCAAGUUUCCGAUGCCGAUACCCGCUAUGCUGUUGGUUUCGGCCUGGCAUAUUACCUGAUCGGCGCUGUCCUCAUUGACACCAAGGCCCAGGAGCUCCAUGAUCUCAUCGGGGGUCAGACCAGUCUGGCUGUGGGGACGUCGAAGGAUAUUCGCCCCUCGCAGAAGCGCGACGUGAGGUUCAAGAGGAAAGUGUAUUGGAAGACGUUCUUCAGGUAUCUCAUGUGGCAGGUAUGGAGUCUUGCCUUGUCAACUGCGUUGCUCUGGACGUUCAGGUCGUCAAGCGAUGCCAUGGCCAUGUUCUGCGCCUAUGUGCUCGCGUACACCGGCCUGCUGUGGUAUCAAUACACGAAGAUUUUCUCCGGUCCGCAUGCCCUCAAACCAUUGCUUGCCGGUGUCGUCGUUGGUCUGCCCGUAGGUAUCGCCCUCACAACCUGUGUGCCGGGCGGUUCAAAGUUCGGGCAAGUGAUUGGCCUGGGAACUGCGACCUGGACUACGGCUAUCCUCACCCUGCUCACUGCGAAAAUGGGAAUGCCAAAGAAGGUGGAUUCGCCAGUCGACCUGGGUAAGACGUUCCACGCCUACACUACCCCGUGGGCGGAUCCCGAAUGGUCUCAGCAGGAACUGCAAACCUUCUUCGAGAGAAUCUCCCUUGUGCCUUCGGACGCGCGACUGAAACUCGAGCCUGGUGUCCAUCCUGGAAUCGAAGUGAAAACUCUGCUGCUUUCGCGCAGAGAAGAACCGAGGAUUGAGGAGGCUUUCCCCAAGGCCCAAGAUCUUAUCAACCUAGCUCUCGACGCUUGGGGUAAGGGGGAGAUCUCGAUUGAGCUCGUUCCCUUGGGCGCCCUUGGUCCCGGCAUCCGCGCUUUGAGCUGCAGUACCACGGACCAGCUGAAAUUGGCCAUCGCUGUGGGACGCGGACUGGAUCAGCGCAUCGAUGUCAGCAGUAACUGCCAAGUCAUUGCUGAGACUCUCCUUCACGCAGUGUCCGAGUCAAUGCUGCGGAUGCCUCACGAGUACGCGGUGCUUGCCGAAUCGCUCGUCACGGCGGGAGUGACCGAGACCAUGGCACGGCAGCUUCGCGAAGAAGCCAACACGCCAGUCGUCGUGCGGUGGGCCAAGAAGGAGCUCCUCCGGCAGCUAUGUCUGGGUUUCGAAUGUGACACGCAUUGGGAGAGACUGCCCAAGGCCAUCCGUCAGGCUUUGCUGCAUCGUUGUCUCGGCAAGCCUUCGCACUUCUCGGACCGCGACAGGCAGUGGCUUCAGGAUCACCUUUGCCGCUUUGACACCGCUGACCUGGAUGUCCACGUUGCCAGAUGCAAUCUGGGAGCCGCCACCGCCGUCAGCAUUCUCGAUUACGCCCACUACGGCACCGGCGAAGAGGCCUUGUUCAAGGAUUCCGAGACGCCGCUGUUCAUUCCCUACGUGCCGAACAAGCUGCCUGCUGCUCUAGCGUUCAUCAAAGAUCCCCUUCACAACUUCUGGUACUCGAUUGCAUCCGCCGUCAAAUUCAUCAUCAUUGCCUUGAUCGCCGAUCCGGAAUUCCAGAGAGAGUUUGACUUUGUGAUGAAAUUCCGCUCUCCCAUCAUCCGGGUGCCGUGCGUGUUUCUACUCAACAUGAUCUGGUCGUACUCGAAGGUUGUGCAGGAUAUUGCCCUGUCAUUCUUCCUCUUCCAUGGUCGUGACAAUGUCAAGCGUCUCUGGGACGAGACCAAGGGUAUGACCAUUAGCAUCAAGAAGAGCAGGUUCAUGGUCCAGGGACUCGAUGGGACCUUUACUGCUUUCAAGCACGACGACGACGACGGAGGCUUCAAGGUCUACUACUACAGCGGCGAGCACAAGACCGAACCCGAGGGAACCAAGUCGCUCAAGUACGUCAGCACGUACUCCAAGGAGAUGCUUCUUCACAUUCGGCAAGAGUUUAAGGAUGGAAAAGCAAUCAACGAGUUCCAUUAUGACUACCGCGCCCCGACAAAGAAAAAUUUCAAGUUGACCCGAGGGUCCGAAAGCAGGGUCCCAAUGGGCCGGCGUUGCAUCCGCGGCGACAACCAUUUGCAGAGCGUUCAGUAUAACCGCAAGGGUCUCAUCGAGGCAGGCUCCUACAUGAAAGAUGGCAAUCUGAUCCGCUUCAAGUACCACUACCGGAAGAAUCCCCGGUUCGGCGACGAACUGCUUCGAGCGGAGUUUGUCCUCUCGCACAUUACCUGCACUGUCUCCUGGUGUGCUCCUCCCGUCCGGCAUCCCGAGAAGGUUGAGCGGUGGAUCCCUCACUCCAAGGUCACCGAGGCGACAUUUGUCCAAGGUGCCGAUGUCUACGAGGCUCGCUGGCUAUACGACCACAAGUUCCACCCGACCAUCUUCACCACUCUCAACGGACAGAAGAUCCAGACGCCGCCGAUGAUCGAACAUGACUUUCUCGGUGUCCUUGCGAAACCCAAGUACACCAGCUUUGUACAUGACAAUCCCCUCUUCUACUGCGACAGCCUCAGCUCCAACACCAUCACCCGAUUCCUUGGGCUCUCCACCAAGCGGUUCCCCGUCUCGACCUCGCGGGCCCGCUCUCUGGUGUGGAAGGCGUGGAAGGACCGUGUCGACUUUGAUGGCAUCAUCGUCCGUUGGAUGGAUGAGCGACUGCUGCGGAGAGACAAGACGCUCGCGCCGUACUGGCGCAGCCGCGACCGUGGUGACCUCGCCUCGGCGAAAAAGUACCUGGAUCUGCGCGCGGACACCGUCAUGGCGAGUGCGGAUCUCGACGACAACAUUUCCAGCUGGACUCCCAUGGCGAUCAAAGUCAGUGAUCUGUUGAACUUUGGUCCCGGUGGUGAUGCUGUAGUCAACACUCGGUCCAAGGAUUUCGGUUCCGACACGGAAAAGUCGCUGCAUGUGAUGGCUGCUGAUACAGGCACCUGGCCGAACGAAGGAGGUGGUGUGUCUGCCUGUCGUCGUGAUAUGAUCAACUCCCUCCGGACAAUCAAGUGGCACAUGAUCUGCGAGUCGGCAAACGACUUUGGUAUUCCCAAGCAUCAGACUGAACAGAACGUGCUCUCGUUGAAGAUGAUCCCUCUGUGGGGGUUGGACUUCCUGACGCCGACACAUGGUCUCUUCAAAAACAAGCUCGACUCGGAGGUGGAAAACGUCACGUCGGCCAACGACAUGGAUAUCAAGAUGAACUUCAUUCCGAUCCUGACGGCAUUGGUCAAGGGUGCUCGCGCCAUCGAACUAUCCAAGGCCGACAUCCAUCAGGCCACCCGGGCGCUCGUCAACCUCAACACUUACUUCCAGGACUCGCGACACUGGACCCAGGUCUGGAAUAGCGACAUCGUCAAGGAGAGCUGGCGGGAUCUCUGGCUCACCCAGGAGAUGCCCAACACGGUCCCUUCGUCCCAGUGGUUCCAUACGGAACUUCCGACCCUGGGAACACUGGACGUUGCGCUGGAACUUUGGUACCGCUACCUGUUCAUCUUCUCGAUUCCAAUCCCCGAAAAGAUCCCCAGUGUGUUCCAAGCUUCGCAUCACAGUGUCAGUGCGUCUUAUGGGGUCGUCUGCAAGAUCAAGCGAAACUGUACCCUCCAGAUCUGGGAUCACGCGAUCAGCUGGCGUGAAACCAACCUCUGCCUUUCGUCUGCCCUGUGCAAGCUCUCUCCCUUUGUUCGAAAUGCCCUCCUCGGAUUGAUGCGAAUCACCUCCGUCAUUACGCUCCAUCAUGCGGACAUCAUCUCGCCUUGUGCCGAUUUCUUCAAUCCCGGAUGGGAGGUGGAGAUCGGUACCUGCCAGGGAACGAUUGAGCAUCGCAACAUCUUCCGCCGCAAGGUUGAUCCCGUGGUCAACGGUAUCACGGACAUGCAAAAGUUUGCCCCUGUGAAGGAGAUCAAGUCGCAGCGCCCGACCGUCACCAUGUUGUCGCACGUGUGGUACGCCAAAGACAUCAAGACCGCGCUGCUUGCUGCCGACAUCAUCAUCAACCAGUGGAAAUUCGACGACUACCACCUGGACAUUUACGGAGCGAUCGACAAGGCGCCUACUUACUCCACCGAGUGUCAGGAGAUUAUCGCGUCCAAGGGUCUCCGUGGCCGGGUCACCCUGCGUGGUAGCGCGGACCCGAUGAAAGUGCUCGAAAACACCUGGCUCUUCCUGAACUCGUCCCUGUCCGAGGGUCUGCCCCUGGCCCUGGGCGAGGCAGCUCUGACUGGCGCGCCAGUUGUCUGUACCGACGUCGGCGCCUCCCUCCGUGUGCUCAGCGACCCUGACGACUUCUCCCGCUUCAGCGCCGUCGUUGCACCCAACGACGCUCUCGCCCUGGCCAGGGCGCAGAUCACCAUGCUUGGCCUGCUCGGCGAAUGGAGCCAGUACGCCGAGGACACCGAGCCAGCGCCCGUCCUCACCUCGUCUCCCACCCCCGAGGACGUCGCCAAGAUCACCCGCCGCAUGUACGAGAAGAGCGAGCACCGGCGCAAGCUCGGCAUGAUGACCCGCAACAUCGUGCAGAAGUCGUUCAGCGGCGAUCGAUACCUCCGCGAGCACGAGCAGAUGCUCUGGAUCGGCAAGUCCGCAAAGACCAUGGCCGGCCGCUACGCCGGCGCCGGCGCCCUCACCGAGCCCCUCGACAUCGCCACCGCCCUGCAGCAGACCGAGCCCAUCGAGGAGGAGGUCAUCACCAUCCCCCAGAGCGCCGUGCACUCCUGGCGCUCCUCCGCCGCCUCCGGCAUGUCCACCCUCUACAGCACCGUCUCCGGCUACCCCAUGCUGCCUCUCACCCGCCCGGCCUCCAUCCGCUCCAGCUUCAGCAACUUCUCCACCGCCACCGACUCCGACUCCUUCAUGCCUCUCCCGGGCAACGCCAGCCUCCCCGUCUUCGCCCCCCGCCAGACCCUCUCCUUCGACGCCGCUUCCGGCGCCGUCACCCCCACCGGCCGUCUCUCCCCCUCCGGCCGCCUCUCCCCGGCCAUCAGCCGCCACCGCCACUCCCACGCCCGCUCCAUCUCCACCCUGGGCCGGGAGCAGCUGCGCGGGCUCCAGCGCGAGGAGCCCCAUCCGUACCGCAACUCGGACGUGAGCCUCGUCAUGCGAGAGGAGUUCCUCCAAUCCAGUAUCUUCAAGUCUUUGGAAAACAGCAACAGCAACAAAGUCUGA